UUAUAAUUUCUGCUGCUGUCGCUCCCCUCAUUAUUAUUACUCUGACCCACUGGAGACCACAGAGUUUCCUGCAUGGCAGCACCCACUGUCUGAGCCCUGAGGCCGCACCCUCUGCCUCCCCGUGGGCUGGAGGAGUGUUCCCUGCUGCGCCGCAUGGACUAGAUCCCGGGCUGGGGUCACAGCUCACUCUUCCUCCAUCCUCUCUCUGCCUCGCUCUGAAUCAGUGUGGUCUGGGGACAUCCCCGCAUUCAGGCUGACCAGCCGCCCUUGCACACCAUGCUCAGUGGUGACAGCCUUUGGCCUCAGCAGCCAAAGAGAAGGACACAACUUCACAACCCAGGACCUCACAACCCAGGAACCGAGUUGGGCUUGAGCCCUGAAAAUGCUGGGGCCCCCCUUGAUAAAGCAAGGAGAAUCACUCCUCUCCUGCCUCUCUCUGCUGGUCCCAGGGACUCCUGCUUCUGGGACUGGGUGACAAAGCACUGCAAUGCCCCCCUCCCUGGACCAAGGCUCCCCUGAAGGGUUGGGGGGAGACACCAUAUAAGCCCUGGAAAUGGAGGCUGGGAGUUUGGGCUACAGCCAGACCGACUCCCAUUACCUCUGUCAGUGCCUGGGCUGCUGGGGACUGUCGUGGGAGCUCUUCCCUCAAGUUGUCCCUAUCGGCUGGGUCAGGGAGGGUUGAGGUCGUGAGCCUGGUGGGUGUAGAGGUUUCAGUAGCUGUGUCAGGGGGCAGUGGGGGUGGCCCCUGGAGCACCUCCAGGGCCUGCCCGGGUGUCCUUAGAGAAGCCCAGCUCCCGGCCUGCUUUGCGACGGAGACGGCAUGUCCUGGGCAGAACUGAUUUCGGAUAUUCUGUUCCCAGAAGGGAACUCAAUAAUGUAACCUGUGGGAUUGGGGGUUCUCAGGUCUGGGGCUUGUAGGCCUCACUGUCCUUUGUGCGCACACAGUGCCCCGAGCCCCAUGUGCACACACAACCCUCGCACACAUGCGUGCCUGCCACUUGCCCUGCCCCCUGCCCAGCAGCAUGGCGGGAGGCCAGGGUAUACCCUGGCUUAUCGGCUCCCUCCCAGCUUCCUCUGCCUGCGUUCCUGCAGGCCUGGAGCUCUGAGAGCUGGCCUUCCACGUGGCUUCCAGAAGACCUCUCAGAUAAUGAGAGGAAAUGUGGUCAUCAGCUCAUAGAAGGCUGGGGUUCCGGGCUGCGGCUCUAGGCCACCACUCCCUGACCUGGGUCCACCAUCUCCCUCCAGGAGGCCCUCGGCUGUUCCCAGCAAGCCCGUGGAUGCCCCUCGAGAUGUCCCCUUUUGGAUGCUGGGGUCUGCCCACCGCCCUUCUUGCCCUGUUCUGCUGUCCAGGGUCUGGGGAGGAGUUCGAGGUCCACAUGUAUCCGGAGCAGCUGGUGGUGGAGCCCGGAGGGUCCCAGCUGGUCAACUGUAGCACCAGCUGUGCGAACCCAAACAUCGGGGGCCUGGAGACCACGCUCACCAAGACCCUGAACCAGUCCGGACCCCAGUGGAAGCAGUUCUUGGUCUCCAACAUCUAUCAGGACACCGUCGUCCACUGCUACUUCUCCUGCUUCGGGAGUCAGAAGUUGAAGAGUCUUAACGUCAGCGUGUUCUACCCUCCCAAGCAAAUGCUCCUGAAGAUACAGCCCGCGUGGGUGGCUGUGGGGAAGUCCUUCACCGUUGAGUGCCACGUGCCGGAUGUGAAACCCCUUGAGAGCCUCACUCUCACGCUGCUCCGUGGCAAGGAGACCCUGUGCAACAAGACCUUUACGGGGGAGAAGAAUGACACCCAAGGAGCCACGGCCACGCACAAGGGCAUGGCUCACAGGGAGGACGGCCGCCACAACUUCUCGUGCCACGCCCGCCUGGAUCUGAGCUCGCGCGGCGGGGCCAUCUUUCACCAGGUCUCCGAGCCCCAGAUGCUCAAGGUCUAUGAGCCCACGCCGGACAACCAGAUGGUGGUCAUCAUCUCCGUCGUGUCGGUGCUGCUGUUCUUGUUUGUGACAUCUAUCCUCCUGUGCUUCAUCUUGGGCCAGCACUGGCGUCAGAGGCGGAUGGGCGCCUACGGGGUACAGGAUGCUUAGGUGGCGCCCGAGUCGGACCUACUGGCACAGCCUACACAAGUGGCACGGCCACCGCCGCAGCAGCUGCUGGAACUCAGCGGGACUCCUCAGGAUUGUGGUCUAGCCCUGGCUGCGGGACGGUUACAAGCAGCCGAGGACAAUGGGGUCGUUUCCUUUUCUAGUCUGCAUAUAAACACGUGGACCCAA